AUGAUGAUCAUCAUUGCUGAAGCCUCGAGCUCUGAAGAAAUAGAGGCCCACUGGACGAGGGGGCUCUCGCCCGCGCACACUUGCUCUGGCCGCGCCAAGUUGGGGUUGGAAGGUGCGUCCAGCGCUGGUGGAAGUCCGGGGAGGGGAGCUGGGGGGCUGGCGGGUCACCUCCAGCGGCUGCGGCGCCCCAGCCCGGGACCGCGGACUCCGGGUUCAAUCCUCCCAGCGAACACCAGGAGUCUCCCUCCCCGCCUGCUCGCCGGCUCUCCCCGCGGCCUCGAGCUGAGCCGCAGUGCGGCGCGGAGGCUUCCCCCCUGCGCCCGGGACCCUGGCCGCGGACGUGGGGAGGGGGGGCCGCCGCGGGGGUGCGAGGAGACCCCAGUGCACCGGCCGGGAGACCUCCACUUUGGUUCAAGCAGACACCUCCUGCGGUGGCCCCCUGCCCCGCUGCUGGGAGCUUGGUACAGCGGAGGGGGUGGGCCGGGGAGGGUCGGCGGGGGCGGGCGACCCCCGUUCCCACCUAGACCCGCCCGCGGUAGGGACGCCGGGAGGGGCGAGGCGUGCGUGGCUGCUCCAGGGGGUUCUGCCCGAGAUAAGACCCGCGCUCCCGGAGGCGGAGGCAGAGGGAGACCCGGCCCUCCCCGGGCGCCCGCAGGGUCCCCCCGGCUGUCCCCGCACCGCAGGCGGCGGCCCCGGGCAGCGCGCGCCCUCGCCCGUCCCCGCGACCCGCAGAGCCGCGCUGCGCGUGGAGGCGGCCGCCCGCGCCCCCGCCCCCGCCCCGCCCCGCCCCCCGGCCGCCGCGUCCAGAUAAGGACACCGCCGGGGCUCGCGUGCCGCUCGCGGGGCCCUCCCACUCCCGGGGCUCCUGGGGAUCCCGGCGGACGCGGCGGGUGGCCGUGCGGGCCGGGGGCUUGGGGCCCGCGGAGCCUUUGGUGCGGCGCAGCCCGGGCGUUUUGUGUCACGGAAGAAGCAGAGAGACAGGGGAGACGUUCUGGUGGCUUCCAGAGAGCGGCUUAACUGGAAUCCACAGUGAUAGCAUCGGAAGCGAUAGCAGGGGUCAUGUAAUGUAUCCCAACCUCCUAAUUUUACAGACGAGAAACUAAAGUCUAGUGAGGUGAAGUGACUUGUCUAAAAACGG